CAGUUCAUGCUAUUUGACGUUGUUGAGCAAUUUUGAUUGAUUCGUUGACGUACAAAUGAACAGGUUGAUUGCAGUCUUGUCAAAAAGCCGUAAACUAAAAUCUUUUAUAAGAAUGGCAAGCUCAUUCAAAGAAGGUCUUUGUCGGGUAGAAUUGCAUUGUCAUCUGGAUGGUUGCUGUCGGCCAGAGACAAUAUGGAAUAUUGCUAAACGGCGUGGUAUGAUGGAUGCACUUCCAGGAAAUACCUUGGAAGAAUUUUUAACAGAGUUGCGAGUGUCUGGAAGUGGAACUCUUGCGAAGUUUCUACAUAGUUUUGAAAUAUAUAUGCCAGUUUUAAAGGGUGAUCGGGUUGGCAUCAAGGAAAUUGCAACAGAACUUUGUCAAGAUAAGAUGAAUGAUGGUGCUGUUUAUUUUGAAGCAACAUACUGCCCCCAUUUUUUGUCAGAUGAUAACCUCACAACAGAGGAAGUGGUGCAGCUUGUAAAUGAAGGCUUCAAAGAGGGCGAGAAGAAAUUUGGUGUGAAGGCACGAAGUAUACUGUGUAUGAUUAGAGACAAGCCAGAGUGGUGCAGAGAGAUGGUAGAACUGUGUGACAAAUACCGCAGUGAGGGAGUUGUCGGCAUUGGUAUAGCUGGCGAUGAAUCAGUAGCCCUAGAAAUCGAUUUUUACCAAGGAGUGAAGGAAGCUAUUGAACGUAAUAUAUGUAGAACAAUACAUGCAGGAGAAUCUGGUCCAGCCUCAAAUGUUCAGGAAGCCAUUGAAGUGUUCAAAGCUCAGAGAGUAGGUCAUGGUUACCAUUGUGUAGAAGACGACAAUGUUUAUGAGUUAGUUAAGAAGACAGGUGUUCAUUUGGAAGUUUGCCCAACAUCUAGCAAUGUGCUUGGCAAUGUCAGUCCAGAUUGGACCAAGCAUCCUGCUAUAAGGUUUGCUAAAGACAAUGUGAAUUUCUCAUUGAAUACGGAUGACACUCUUCACUUCAAUAACUCACUUCAGACAGAAGAGGAUAUUGCAAUGAAAUAUUUUGGAAUGUCAAAAGAAGAUAUUAUAACAGCCAGAGUAUAUGCAGCUGAGGCUACAUUUCUGCCAGAAGGAGAAAAAAGAGAAUUGGUUGAACAUGUGAAAAAAUUUAGUGUAUCUGUAUAGAGAGUAAUUUGCAGUUUUCCCAUUAGAAUUUCCCACAAUAACUUAACUGUCAGCCUUUAUAAUAUUAUAAAUUCAACAGUACAGUGUUUUAAAAGAAAGUGAUACACAGUAUUUGUCAGUAAAUGACUUUCAACUAUAAAAAUAUCAAAUUAAUGUAAUAUGUUGCAAAAUAGAGGAAAUUUAAUUUCCUGAUCUUUAUUAGGUUCUUCAAAUAACCAAAACCCAUGAAUGUCUGUUGUUGUACGUCUCCAUGUUUAUUUUGCAUUAGUUUGGUGGUGGUGGUGGUGGUGGAGGUGGUAAUAAAUUAUUUGUUUGGUA